GUAAUUUCUAAAGUUUGGAUACUUCCCAUAGACUUUCCUGCAAUUCCCUCGCAUAUUAGACUUAAUAUUGCGAAAGCCCCCCCUAAUUGGGUUCAAAAUUGGGCAAUAGGGAAGCAACUAAUAUAUCCAGAUUCCCCCCCUCCUCACCCCCCUCCCACUUCUGGCACAUAUCAAGCACCCUCUGACUCCAGUAUAUACCACAGUUAUCCAUUAUAA